AUGGAGACCAAAGAAAUACUGAACAAGAAAAUAUCCACUCCCGUUUUUUUCAAUGACGAAAGAGAUAGGACCCCAGAUGGAGACGACACCAUUUGCGAUGACAGCGAUACAACUGAUGAUUACAUGACAGUUGAUUCAGAAGUGCGGACGAGUAUCGAACAAAAGAAAUUAAUACAUAAACGCCUUUCAGAAAUUGACGAUGAAGCAGACAACGCGUUUAUCAUUCGUCAUUCAAACAGGGAGUCAUAUUUAAGUCCUCGUCUCAUUAAAUGUGUCACCUUCAUUACUUUAUAUCUUCUUUUGAUUGUGGUCUUGUACCAAAUCAAUUUGUACAUUGGUGACCAACAGUACGUGUUUACAACGUCCGUUUUUCUACUUUUAAUCGUUUCAGUGUUCCUAUUAAACAUGAUCUACAUCGACUUGUUGUAG